AAGAAGCGACUGACGUUGAUGAAAGCUUAAAGGGAAAGGAAAGCGAAGGGACUGAAGCAGAAGCCGCUGCAGAUCAGCAUAAAGGAAAACGACCUCGCUACCGAGGAAAAGGAUUGCGGAAAAAAACAGGCGACGGAAAAUUCGAGGGCUAUGAGGUCACGGAACUAACUGUCCAAGUGCCCAACAUGCAGACCGAUCGACAUGGGAACUGGGUGUACAAUCCGUGGGGAGUGACAUAUGGCAGACCGUUCAUGGACCCGCGAUUCACGAAGGGCUGGGAUGCCGGAAAGCACGGCGGGGUUCGCUACCGAGUCGAAGAGGAAAGUGGGUUGGCUCACGCUUACCUUCCCCAUCGCGCACCGAUGAGCACCGUGUGCCUGGGCAGAUCCACCAUCUACAACUACCCCAAGGUCUUCUUUUGGCUCAACCGGAUGAUUCACAACGUCUCCUUCGACCACCGCACCAUCUGGAUGGAUCUGCGGCGCGAGCUGUAUGUCUAUGGCAGAUCGGAGGAGUGCCACACGGUCAACUACACGGAUUGGCGCGAGUUCCAGGAGUGCAGCCUGCGCCGGAACCAGCGGAUGGAGUACAUGAUUCCGCAGUAUCCACUGCACCAGAUUGGCUACCGGAAGUACUACCACAAGAAGCAGGCGGCGGGCGGGCAGAUCGAGGAUGACGAAGAUGAGUUCGGCGAUGACUUUUAGGGCUCGCUGUAUUUUACCAAAUGACG